GGUACACGCCCGCCUGCACAAGCCACGGCGAGCUCUCCCGAGGCGGAACCGCAGCGCCAAGUGAGAGUCAGCUUGAAAAGGAGAAUCAGGCUCAAGGUGGAGUAUCCAUGGAGGUGUGGAGCCUUGUCACCAAUCUCUAACUGCAGAACUGGGAUGUGGAGCUGGAAGUGCCUCCUCUUCUGGGCUGUGCUGGUCACAGCCACACUCUGCACUGCCAGGCCAGCCCCGACCUUGCCUGAACAAGCUCAGCCCUGGGGAGCCCCUGUGGAAGUGGAGUCCCUCCUGGUCCACCCUGGUGACCUGCUGCAGCUUCGCUGUCGGCUGCGGGACGAUGUGCAGAGCAUCAACUGGCUGCGAGACGGGGUACAGCUGGUGGAAAGCAACCGUACCCGCAUCACAGGGGAGGAGGUGGAGGUGCGGGAUUCCGUGCCCGCUGACUCUGGCCUCUACACCUGUGUGACCAGCAGCCCCUCUGGCAGCGACACCACCUACUUCUCCGUCAAUGUCUCAGAUGCACUCCCCUCCUCGGAGGAUGACGAUGACGAUGAUGACUCCUCUUCAGAGGAGAAAGAGACAGAUAACACCAAACCAAACCGUAUGCCCGUAGCUCCAUAUUGGACAUCCCCAGAAAAGAUGGAAAAGAAAUUGCAUGCAGUGCCAGCUGCCAAGACAGUGAAGUUCAAAUGCCCUUCCAGUGGGACACCCAACCCCACACUGCGCUGGUUGAAAAAUGGGAAAGAAUUCAAACCUGACCACAGGAUUGGAGGCUACAAGGUCCGUUAUGCCACCUGGAGCAUCAUAAUGGACUCUGUGGUGCCUUCAGACAAAGGCAACUACACCUGUAUUGUGGAGAAUGAGUAUGGCAGCAUUAACCACACCUAUCAGCUCGACGUCGUGGAGCGGUCACCACACCGGCCUAUCCUACAGGCAGGAUUGCCUGCCAACAAGACAGUGGCCCUGGGCAGCAAUGUGGAGUUCAUGUGUAAGGUGUACAGUGACCCACAGCCCCACAUCCAGUGGCUGAAGCACAUCGAGGUGAAUGGGAGUAAGAUUGGUCCAGACAACCUGCCUUAUGUCCAGAUCUUGAAGACUGCCGGAGUUAAUACCACCGACAAAGAGAUGGAAGUGCUUCAUUUAAGAAAUGUCUCCUUUGAGGACGCGGGGGAGUAUACGUGCUUGGCGGGUAACUCUAUCGGACUCUCCCAUCACUCUGCAUGGUUGACCGUUCUGGAAGCCCUGGAAGAGAGACCGGCAGUGAUGACCUCACCCCUAUACCUGGAGAUCAUCAUCUACUGCACAGGGGCCUUCCUCAUCUCCUGCAUGGUGGGCUCUGUCAUCAUCUACAAGAUGAAGAGUGGCACCAAGAAGAGUGACUUCCAUAGCCAGAUGGCCGUGCACAAGCUGGCCAAGAGCAUCCCUCUGCGCAGACAGGUAACAGUGUCAGCUGACUCCAGUGCAUCCAUGAACUCUGGGGUACUUCUGGUUCGACCCUCUCGUCUCUCCUCUAGUGGGACCCCCAUGCUAGCUGGGGUCUCUGAAUAUGAGCUUCCUGAAGAUCCCCGCUGGGAGCUACCCAGAGACAGACUGGUCUUAGGUAAACCCCUGGGAGAAGGCUGCUUUGGGCAGGUGGUAUUGGCAGAGGCCAUUGGGCUGGACAAGGACAAACCCAACCGUGUGACCAAAGUGGCCGUGAAGAUGUUGAAGUCGGAUGCAACAGAGAAGGACCUGUCAGACCUCAUCUCAGAGAUGGAAAUGAUGAAGAUGAUUGGGAAACACAAGAACAUCAUCAACCUGCUGGGGGCCUGCACACAAGAUGGUCCUUUGUACGUCAUCGUGGAGUAUGCUUCUAAGGGUAACCUGCGGGAGUUCCUGCAGGCCCGGAGGCCCCCAGGUCUGGAAUACUGUUACAACCCCAGCCACAACCCAGAGGAACAGCUUUCCUCCAAGGACCUGGUAUCCUGUGCCUAUCAGGUGGCCCGAGGCAUGGAAUAUCUUGCCUCCAAGAAGUGCAUACACCGAGAUCUAGCUGCCAGGAAUGUCUUGGUGACAGAGGACAACGUCAUGAAGAUUGCAGACUUUGGCCUAGCUAGGGACAUUCACCACAUUGACUACUAUAAAAAGACAACCAACGGCCGGCUACCUGUUAAGUGGAUGGCUCCUGAGGCACUGUUUGACCGGAUCUAUACCCAUCAGAGUGAUGUGUGGUCUUUUGGGGUGCUCCUGUGGGAAAUCUUCACUCUGGGUGGUUCCCCGUAUCCCGGUGUGCCUGUGGAGGAGCUUUUCAAGCUGCUGAAGGAAGGUCAUCGAAUGGACAAACCCAGUAACUGCACCAACGAGCUGUACAUGAUGAUGCGGGACUGCUGGCAUGCGGUGCCCUCUCAGAGACCUACCUUUAAGCAGCUGGUGGAAGACCUGGACCGCAUUGUGGCCUUGACCUCCAACCAGGAGUAUCUGGAUCUGUCAAUGCCCCUAGACCAGUACUCUCCCAGCUUUCCUGACACCCGAAGCUCUACCUGCUCCUCGGGGGAGGAUUCCGUCUUCUCUCAUGAGCCGUUGCCUGAGGAGCCCUGUCUGCCCCGACACCCUACCCAACUUGCCAAUGGUGGACUCAAACGACGCUGACUGCCACCCUCCUCCUUCCCCAACCUCCAUCAUCAACUGUGUCCCUCACCCACAGUUCCCUGGACUCACUGCCUUUCCCCACCCCUUUUCUGCUGGCAGGAGCCAGCUGCCUACUUGAGGCCUUCCUGUGUGGCCUGCCUGCACCCACUGAGCUCUCUCUCUUCCUCCUCUUCCUCUCAACCUGCUUGUGAGAGAGAGGAGUAAAGAGGCAGGUACUUGCUGGUGGCCACUUUGUUCCCUCCCAGGUGUUGGACCAAGACCCUUCCCUGUCACCCAGCACUGCCUGGAAGGUCGGGGAGUGGGUAGUGAGCAGGCAUGCAAGUGAGAGCUUUACUGAGCUUUCUAGUAUUGGUAUUGUCUGUUUCACCUUAACCUGUCAGCCCCUUGCAUUCUGGUGGCAGGUGCCUUGUCCUCAGGGCUACAGCUGUAGGGAGCUCAGUGCUUCGGCCUCAAUUGAAGGUGACCUCUGCUCCAGAUGGAUGGUGCCAGUGGCUUAUUAAUUCCAAUAAUAAUUUGCUUUGCUGACCAAAUACCUGGUACCAGAGGAUGAUGAGGCAAAGACUGGGAGCAGUGAUGUGGCCCUGGGGCCCAGCCCUGAACUGGGGGCUUUGUACAUAGCUACGAAGAAAACACAAAGUGUAUAAAUCUGAGUAUAUAUUUACAUGUCUUUUUAAAAGGGUCGUUACCAGAGAUUUACCCAUUGGGUAAGAUGCUCCUGGUGGCUGGGAGGCAUCAGUUGCUAUAUAUUAAAAAAAAAAAAAGAAAAAAAAGAAAAUGAAAAAAAAAAGGAAAAUGUUUUUAAAAAGGUCAUAUAUUUUUUGCUACUUUUGCUGUUUUAUUUUUUUAAAUUAUGUUCUAAACCUAUUUUCAGUUUAGGUCCCUCAAUAAAAUUUGCUGCUGCUUCAUUUUUAUAUGGGCUGUGUGAAAAGGGAGCAACUGAACACAGGAAAGGAGGGAGACUGAGGGCCCCGGGGCUGUCUGUCCAGCAGGCAUCAUGUUCCCUGCAGUUCCCUUGUAACCUCUUCCUCCUAGGUCGUGCACCCAGACCUCCAGAACAAACCUCCUACCUCUCCCAUGCUUUUGGAAAGGCAGGAAAAGAAGAUGUCUGCAUCUUGGCAGGAACUGUGCCCCAGAGGUUCUGGACAGAGAGCCAAGACUGAGCAGCCCACAACCACAGAUUGUUUCCUCAGAGGAAGCAGGGAAGGGGCCAC